AUGUACAGAAUCCAAGUCAUCAUUCCCACAGCACUGUAUGUCCAAUCAACUAUCACCUAUGUCCAUUAUGUGUCCCCUUGUUCAGCAUUGUCCUCCUUAUGGCAUUUGAAGUGGAGGCUUAUCACAGCACUAGUCUUCCUUGAUAUCAUAUACAACGUCUUCUUUCACCCUUUGCGAAAGAUUCCUGGUCCUUUCCUUGCGAGAGCCACUGUUCUUUGGAGACUGAUACGAUAUUUUCGUGGAACGUGGCAUGACGAUGUCGUCAAUAUUCACAAGCAAUAUGGACAAGUUGUUAGAAUUUCUCCUGGAGAGGUAAGCUUCACAGAUGAGCAUGCGAUGAAGAGCAUUUAUGGCCAUGGGAAGCAUGUUGUAAAGUCAAAGUUUUAUGAUGCUUUCAUCGUCUCCAAUAUGACUAUCAGCUUCUUUGCGACACGGGACAAAAACGUCCAUCGAUUUCUCAGGUCACGCGUUGCAAGCGCAUACUCCAUGACGUCGAUCCUCACUAUGGAGCCAUUGAUUCAGAAUGUGAUGGACUUCAACCUUCAAAAGCUUGGCGAACUAGCAGACGAGGGCAACAGCUUUUCAAUCGAUAAGAUGGUCAACUACUUUACUUCAGAUGUUGUUGGCCAGUUAGCCAUUGGUGGAAUGGUUGGGUUUUUGGAACAGAAAAAAGACGUUGGUGGUAUUAUCCAGUCCAUCCAUGAUGGGUUUUAUUUUAUGGGUAAUAUGGGCAUACUGCCGAUGCAGAUGUUCUGGAUCAACAACCCAGUAUCGAAAUGGUUGACAAAACACUUCGGCGGCGAUCGUUUGAAUGCUUUUGACGUUUUCAUCGACUGGCUGGACAGCAGGGUAGAGGAGAGGAUGACUAAAGGUAUUUUACCAAACCAACGAAGGGAUCUCCUUCAACAUUUCAUCGAGGCUAAAGAUCCUCGUGGCUAUCCGGUUGGCAAAAAAGAUGUUAUGAUCGAGGGCGUGAAUAUUCUUGCUGCGGGGUCUGAUACGACUGCUAUCGGAAUUCUGGCUUGCCUUGGAUACCUUCUCACCGACCCUCGCGCCAAGGCAAAACUGAUAGAAGAGAUCGACAACGCCUACAAAGAACUCGGACUGGAGGAUGAGGGGCGUGAGAUCUCGUACAAGGAAGCAGAGAAGCUCCCAUAUCUGUCUGCUGUCAUCACCGAAAGCACUCGAUUGCACCCUUCCAUUCAGUAUCAGCUUCCCCGUAUCGUCCCGUCCGAAGGAGCUCAUGUGGGAGAGUAUUUUCUUCCUCCAGGCACAACUUGUGGCACUAGUGCAAGAGCAGUAAACUGUUCACGAGAAAUCUUUGGCUCGGAUGCAGAAGACUUCCGACCCGAGAGGUGGAUUCCACAAAGCAUAGAGGAUAAGGAACGAAUUAGGAAGGAGAAGUCACUUCUGAUGACGUUUGGUAUGGGGAGCCGUAGCUGCAUAGGAAAGCAUUUAGCAACGGUCGAACUCUACAAGUAUAUAACUCAGUUCUUUCGAUACUACGAUGCGGAGGUGGCGAACAUGGCAAAGCCUUGGAGAACGAAUACGCAAUGGUUCUCUCUUCAUCAGGAUUUCCUGGUCACGAUUACAAGAAGGCAUCACUAG